AUGCCGAUCGCACCUGUGGUAUCUGUCAACCUCCUGAACCUUGUACAGACGCUGAUUAUCACAUCCAGUCUUCUGGUCGGUUAUUUGAUCGUGGGUACCUUAUCUCCUUCGUGUGGUGCAGAGCUGUCGUCUGCUAAUCAUCACCAUGCUGAUGUCAUCCAUACCAGCUCUACUUCCCUCCGUCGAACCUCGGCGGCAUAUACUGUGCAAUCAACCAAAGCCUCGUCGAUACCGAGCAAUGAGCUCACUGAAAUUGUCGAUGAACCUGAUGCCAAGGAAUUGGUAGGCACAGAGCAGGCAAAAGCACGAUCCUGCGCCUCUUCUACCGCUUCUACGAACUCCAACCCGGCUCAGGGCUGUAUCCUGAUCGACGGUCGAGACAUCCGCACAGUAACGCUCUCAGGCCUGCGUCGCGCAAUAGGCGUCGCACCUUAA